GGACUUUCCAGCGGGGCGAGCGGGUCUGUGUCUCCCGGCAAGGUCAUGUCGUCGACCUAGCAGUCGUUUGUCCUGGAGGGGAUAUUGUCUUGAUAUCCGAUCGCUGCGACACACGCUCAUCGCCGACUCGGGUAUAAAAGCCCUCCUGGGUACUAUGCCGCCGUACAUUGCUCCGCCACUCCUCCGUUGACUUCAGAAAACAUCAAACGAUACCGAGUAUCCGAGGGACACUGUCGUCAUAACCAACAACAAUCACCGUCGAAAUGACCCCCUUAUAUCGUUCUCCUGCUUCUGCCUCCCCAUAUGAUUGCAAUGACUACCCGACGCGGAACGGCUACGGAGAGGCACCUCCUAUUCCGCCAGCAGCCUACGGCCCUCUCAACUCGCCGCUCACACCCGCAUGCCAGAGCUACGACCCUCAGCCUCAUGAUCUCGAAGAGUGUGUCCACGUCAGGCGUUUGUGCGAUCAUCGCUAUGCCCACCUCCAGGCUUUGGUGGCCGACCUAGAGCGGUCCCGAUGCCGAUGUGGACAGAGCACCUGGAGAAGGCUGACCAAGUCGUUCUUUGGCAGUCUCAAGAAACGAGCGGCAUCCUUCAAGCCGCGAACCAAGUCUCCAAGGCCAUCCUGGUCAGAGCAAGAAGCAGUUCACGAAUGGCUUCACAAGAGCCACGCCGCUUGGCGCGCGGCAUAUCCGACACUCAGCACCGGGCCGACUGAACUCAACGUGAAUUCUGACCCCAUUCCCGAGCUGAACGGCUCGCCAUCGUCUGCCAGUGGCUUCGACGGGGUACUCGACCAAGGAGCACAGCCCGGCGUUCAAUCCCACUCCUUUUUCAAUCCCCAAGGGCUGGGAUAUGCCCACGCGGGCCACGAGCUCGAAGCUAACACCGCACGCCGGCCGUACAUGGCACUCGGUCAGGAUCAAACCCAACCUUCCAGCCCCCAUGAGCUUCCUGCUCCGGUCACCGCACCAAACGCUUACAGCAUGGCGGGAUAUCCGAAUCAUGCGACAACCCCCAGAGACAUGUCAACCGUGACCACAUCUGCGGUGUCGCAGCAGGGCAGCCGCUCCUUCUUCUCGCUUCCAUCCUCCACGUCGACUGCUUUGUCUUCGCUGCCCCCAGACGUAACGACUUCUGAUGGCACUGGAGCGCCUCUAUUCACAAAGAACACCACAUCUUCUCCCAUGGAGUACAGCCAAAACGAUUUGCCCUGGAGCGGGCACCAGCCCCCAUCACACCACUCAACUACCGACAGAGAGGAGCUUCCUGCAUACCCCUCCUCCUUGGGGCUAGGGACGGCAGCGUGGGUGCGGCAGCAACAAAUGGACGGCGCCAUGCCAUUCAUCCCGCCUCCACAGCCCAUGCAACCACUCGAGCUGCCCUCGAAUGCCAGCAUAGAACCGGCCAUGAACGUCUGGAGACCGUCACAACCGAUGGCUAUGCAAAACCACCCGAACGCAGUUUCAAGCCCAUCAUACGACCGCUUCUAUCACCCGCAAGCUCCCGCCUCCCGGCCGGGCCCUCAACCGUCCAUGUAUCAGAGCCGACAGAACUCGUCCAACUCCACCACCGCGAGCACCAACGGCUUCCCCACGGGUGAUGGCUACACCCAAGCAGCACCAGAGCACUUCAACCCCUACCCAACACACCCCAGCUUCGAACACACCCCGUACCAGCCCGCUCCGCACCAACCAACCCACCCACCCACCGCCCCGCAGGGAGCACAAAGAGCCCCAGCCGGCCCCAAACGCCCCCGCGGCGGCGCCGCCGCCCGGCGCAACCAACACCAACCCCAACACCAACCCCAACACCAACCCCAACACCCUCAAAACCAACCCCAACACCACCAACAAGACCGCCGCAACCCCCAACUCUGCUGCACCCGCUGCUCCUUCUACCCCCAAGCCCCGGGCCAGCGGCACAAGCUCAAAAAACACCAGCAAACCGACAAGCACCGGCUCAACACGGGCCAGGGGCUGGCCGAGCGGCACUACUGUGCGCAGUGCCCGGCCCACUUCAACCGGGCGGAUAACCUGCGCGAGCACGUCAAGGAUGUGCAUGGGUUGUUGGGUGGUCAACCAGGGAAUGGGGAGGGGGCGCAGAGCAGGGGGGGUGGUGCCGCCGGUGGACCUGGUGGUGGUGCUGGUGGUGGCGGGAGGGCCGGUGGUGCUGGGAGGAGGAAAAGAGGAGGGAGGGGGAGGAGGGGGGCUGCUGCUGCUCCUGCUGCGGGUGCGGGUGCGGGUGGUGAUGCGGGUGGUGAUGGGCGGCGGGUUUGAACCCUUAAGGGGGUUGGGGUUGGGCAGCGAUGGGAUGGUGGAAAUGAGUUUGUUCCCGGGCUGGCUCGGGAGAUGGGGGUGUCGGGUGUGGCUACGUGUUCAUGAAUUUGGCCUGUUUCUUCCAUUGGGAGGAGUGUUCAGAAAUGGGGUUGCGGACGAAAAUAAUGAUGAUACGGCCUCGGAUGUGAUGACGAUGAUGCGAGGGCGCAAGUGCGCUUUCAGGCUUCAGGAUACCCGGUUUUCUUUGGUUAGCAUUUUCUAUUCGCUGCUAUAAUGUCUGGAUACUAUAAUUCCUCGUAUGAACUCAUGAAGCACACUCAACCUCUGGUAUCUACACUUGUGCACUCCACAACAACAUGAAAAUAUCGCCUCUUCAAUAUUUUGCACCUCUCGCGUGUUUCCCCU